AUGGAGAAAGAUUAUCCUAGGUCGAGAGAUAAAACCUACAUUAGUGACAUAGCAUCGACCACAAUAAUACUUUUAUUAACACUAACAGAAUCUUUUGGACAAGUUUCACAAACUAUAAAUGUACAAUGGACAACAUCCAUCCGUCUAAAUGAGUACCGUGGCUACCAAACAGUCAGUCUCACAGCCCUACAUGUGCCACCAGCUACUAUUGAGACUGUCUGGGACGUCCAGUGUUCGUCCUUGCAUAAAUCUUGUCCAGUCCGCACUGCGCAAAUAUAUUUCCAGCAUGGUAGUUAUCCUUUAGUAAGUCCAUACAACGCUUCCUACCCUGCAGACUUUUAUUUGAAUCGUUCUGACCUUCAUCAUAUUGAGGUCAAAACCAACAAUCUCUCUUACCCACAUCAUGUGUCCAGUCCUAAACCAGGGAUAUGGUUUGUAACAGCUUUCUUACCAAAAACAGAGGAAAAAAUUACACAGAAGGGUUUAAAUGGGAAAACCUGUGGAUAUGGUAUGGGGAUACGAUUUAUAAAUCGUCUUCUGAACAACAUUGAGGAUGUAUCGAUGACCAAACAUUCUAAAGUGUCUAUACGAUCACCAGCCUUGUUCACCAUACUAAAAUUUCUACCUCCAGAGGUCACCACAGGUUACACACUUUAUCUCAGUCAUUGUGUGGUGGACAAGGUCAAUGUCAGUGUGUGUCCAGUCAAGGUCACCGUGUCAUCAGAGCAUCUACCCAAUGUGUGGUCAGCGACAGAUCCCUCUGUAGACUGUCGAGAACAGAAUGAUGAUUGCCAAAUUACUAUUGACAGACUGGUGGCUGACCAGUACAACUAUGUACAGGUGGAUGUGCCAGAUAAUGUCACGGCUUCGUUAGUGGAAUUCCAUGUCAGCUUUUCAGUACUACGAUGUCAGUUGAGGUACAAACUUGAAGAUGCACUGAAACGACGAAAAGGUAUUCUUUACACACCUGAUUCGAUCAAACAUGUAAUCAGCUCGAAAAACAAAAACAGCACCAGUGACAUGGAUGAUGUGCUUCGGUUCAUAUCUGUGAAAUCAAAUGAAUCUGAAAGCCUCCUGAACUAUUCCAUAACUACUGAAAAUAACCAAACACAGUCUUUACGGGCACAUGAGGCUUGUCUGUUCCUGCCGUCACUUGGUACCCUUCGUUUGGCCUCCGAGGACUUUGCCUCUUUAUUUGUGUUUCCUGAUGCACUCCUGUAUCCUCAGCCAAACAACAGGAUAUUUAUCCCUGACAACCUUGUUUUACUGACUCACUAUAACAUCUACGCCAUGCAGGACUCUGGGGGCACGCUCAAGGUUGAGCUACAGAUGGUGAAGGAUCAGACAGAUCCAAGUCAAGAUGCUGUAGUGUGGGUGUGUAUGAUGAAGAACAUAAUACCAGGGAAACACUUGAUUGAUGAGUGUGAGGGCGGGAUCAAACUGACUGUCAAUUCAUCUGUGCAUGGUGCGACAAUGACCAACCAACUGUAUGUGCCCUACCCUGAAGAGGGUCGAUGGUACUUUGGUCUCUACAGUGUGUGUUUUAACAAAAACAGAACAAUGAACCCAGAGGAUUGUAAACAGCUGCCUAUGGUUUCAUUACUGGUGUUCACAUCUCGUUGUGUGGAAGAGCAGUGUGGAACUUUUGGCCAGUGUCAGGAGUACAUCAGUGGUCUCCAUGUGUUUAGCGCAUGUUCAUGUUAUGCUGGUUACCGUGGUUAUGGAUGUACAGAUGCUACAGAGGCAGAGUCAGAUACCAUGCUGCUUAUGACUGCACUCCUGUUAACAUUGAGUAACAUCUUCUUCAUUCCAAGUAUCUUUGUGGCAAUUCAUCGACGCCUGUUUGUAGAAGCUCUCGUCUAUUUUUUCACCAUGUUCUUUUCAACUUUCUACCAUGCCUGUGAUACAAAAGACGUAACCCAUUACUACUGUAUGAUGAAGUAUGAGGUGCUGAGCUACUGUGACUUUCUGGGCUCCAUUAUGUCAUUUUGGGUGACAAUCCUAGCCAUGGCCCGCCUGUCACCACCCGUCCGUUCCUUUUUUCACAUGCUGGGUGCCCUGUGCCUUGCCCUAGGGGUGGAGUAUGAUCGACAUGGCCUCUGGGUGUUUGUGGUACCUGCUGCAGUUGGAAUCAUCAUAAUGUCCAUAUCAUGGGUGCGACAAUGCUGUAUACGAAAGAACUGCUAUCCCUCCAAGUGGCGCUAUGUAAAGUUUCUACUACCUGGAGUCCUGUUUGCUGGAACAGGGCUUGUCAUAUUUGCCUUUUUAGAAACAGAAGACAAUUACAAAUAUACCCAUAGUGCCUGGCACAUUGUCAUGGCAUUAUCCAUUGUAUUCCUGUUGCCAGGACGACAGAAGCCUAAAGGGGCCAAACCUUACAUGCAACUGCAGACCAGGGGGGAGGACUCUGUCCCACUGAUGGACGAUUAUGAUGAUGAAAAUGAUGAUGACGAUGAUCCAUAUAGGGGAAUGAAUGACCCAAGCUCUGUUCAGACUUCUCGUAAUGUUGUUUUGUAGAUGUUUAUUGGAAUGUUUUUGCUGUUGAUCUCAUUUUAUUUGUUUAUUGAAGUAAUGUUGAUGAUGGGUUCUUACAUUUUGUUGAAAAAAUUAUUUUGAGUUCAAAAUCAACAAUUUGUUAUCAGUAUAUGAAUAUGUCAUCAGAAAUGAAACCCUGUGAUAAUAAGGUACUAUCACAUCAGUUAUAUGUAGUCAUUGUCAGUGGUUUAAGGUUAUAGGCUUCUAUUUGUAGUAAAUCAAAAUGACAGAUAAUAUGUUAAUUUAUAAACAAAUAUGUCAGAACCCAUGAUAUGAAAUUAUUCCUUAUUUGAGUCAUGCAUCAUUGACUUCAUUCUGAAACAUACGUCAUUAAAAAGAUGUUAAUUUAUGAACAAAUAUGUCAGAACCCAUGAUAUGAAAUUAUUCCUUAUUUGAGUCAUGCAUCAUUGACUUCAUUUUGAAACAUAUGUCAUUAAAAAGUUAUUUUUUAUAGUAUCUAAUAUAUAGUCAUGAAGAUAUUAGAGUUGAAGGACUUGAGCAUUCAUGUGUUUGGUGCUGCUAUAAAAAUGUAUUGAUUAUCUUAUUUUUGUUUUUUUCAUGAAGGCACAUAAGUUAUAGUGGCCAACCCUAUUUGGUUGUUUUAGGGGCCAAAAUAAGAUGAAGACUUUCCAAAUUCCUAAUCAUAAAAGAUUAUCAGAUCACAUCCUUUGGGUUGUCCUGCAUUUAAAUGGACAAGGUAGAAACUGAAAUGAUAAUUAAGUAAGAUAAGAGAAAAGGUUCAGGCAACAAUCACACAUGCUGGAAAGCAAGAUAUCAAAAUUUUCUAUAGAAGGAUAUAUCAGUAUUAAUGUAUUUGGGAAGAGGUUUUUUAGGUAUCACCCCACCUGUAUGUCAUCAUUCAAUGCGAGAGGUCAAGGUUCCAUGUGAUCCAGCAUAUUAUGGUAUUGGAUGCCCAACUGAUGUUUGUUCUAAUGCACCGUAACCCCUUAGACAAUCUUAAUUAUGAACACAAAAUAGCAUAUUGUCACUAUAGAUGACAGUUUCCCUUAGGAACAUGAUUUUGGUAACUUUUAUUCCAUAAUAUUGAAUACGUAUAGGUAUGUUGUUUUAAUGCUAUUGAUUUGUUAUAUUUGUGAAGGUAUGGAGAUCAAAAUUAUAAAAUGAUGAUAUAUCAAGAAGUUUGUAUGUAAAUUCGGGGUAGUUUUCACUUUUGUCUAUAUAUCAUGUUUGUAUUUUGACUUACAAAACUGCAUUUAACCAUGCAUUUGAAAUAUAUGAAAAAAAUUUAUAUCUAUGUUUUAUGUAUCAUGUGAAUAAGGGAGGCGAGAUAAUGCAUCGGUAACACAGUCACCUUUCACCUAGAAAUCUGUGGUUCAGUUUCCCUGUAUGGAUCACCUGCUGAACCACAUGCGUUUACCACAGGUUCUCCAUGGGUACUUGAAAGACUUCUUGCAUACCUCCAUCCUGGCCUACAAUAUUGGUUAGAAAAGUUGGAAAAACAUGGUUGGUAAAUAAAGUUUAAAAUUCAUCAUAGUGUAUUAGAAAGUGACAAUAUUCAUGAGAAAUGUGGAUUUCUAGGAGAUUGCGUUUGCUUGAUCUGUACAUACUGGUAUAUUGUGAUAACAUGAAUAAGACCUACCAGGUAAUGCAGCAUACAAUACACACACACACAUAUAUAUAUAUAUAUAGUGACUACAAUAUAGAUAUUAUUACUGUUGAAUAUUCAUUACAAUAUCUAUUUGAAAAAAAAGGAGAAAAUUCUUUUCCAACACAAUAUUAAUAUCGCUUUCAAAACAACAGAAAAAACGAAAGUUUUAUUACAACUAUCAAAAUAUUUUGUAAUUUUAAGAAUUAUAUUUGCAAUUUAAAAUUGAUUUGAUAUGACAUAUUUUUAGAAUCACAUUUAUAUGAAACCAUGACAGAAAAUCUAGUCUGAUCUUGAGUCUUUCUUACAACAAUCGUGAUUUUGGUAUAAGUUUCGUAAUUUUCAAACCAGUCUUUGAACGUUAUCACCUACAGUAAUUCUUAAGAAGUGUAGAGUCGACACGGUUCUUGUGAAGAUAGUGUAGGUUUGUUGAUGGGACAUCCUGGAAUCUCGUGGAACCUUUGGUAUGUAUUACAUAACGUUACAAUAGAUGAAGACACCACAUUUUUAGUACUUCAGAGGUAAGAUUCACACCACAAAUUGUCCUGAAGAAGCCCAUAUGUUCAGACGAAACAGAUAGUGAUAAAACUACUAACUUCAUCCUGAGCUUGUUGCAAUUGACUAUUACCUUUAAGUACCUACAGUAAUUGUAGUAACAGUCACAAUGACACAUCAGAUGUUAACUUAAUGUGGGUGUAAAUAUCGACUUAUUUUCAUUUCAUUUCUUUUCAAACAGUUUCUUCCCAGUAAACAAAAGGCCCAGUGUACAUAUAUAAGGCCUGUAGCAUCCUGGGAUGAAGGGCUUCCAAUUUGGUUCAAAUGAUUGUUUUUUUGUUGUUUUUUUUGAGAGUUAUAAAUGAAGUUGAAGAUUUUCAGCUAUAUGAUGAUUUCACACACGUUGUUGUGAGAUUUGUCUCACGAUUAGGAUUUAUUUUAGGGAAGGAAGUGAUGAUGUGAUGCUAAUCCACAGGAUUUUGAUCCAACAAUGAAGAACUCAAUCCUCAUAGUGCUAGAUUUUAGAUUUCGUCCCUUUUUUUUUACAUUAUUUAAUAUACUUUGCUCUUAAUCAUUAGUAUUAUAAUUUAUUGGUUAAUCUUAUCAUUAUUUUCUAUUGGUAUUAAAUGUAGAUUAUGACAAUUACAUGGAAUGUAAUUAAUGUUUAACUAUGAGAAGGUCGUACUUUUGUAUUAUAGUGAGUUUAUAUGCUCUUAUAGUGUCCUAUCUUCAGCAAGCUAAUCACAUACUUACAGGUCUGAUAAGUAAGAUCAUUAUUUCGGAGCCAAGCUUUUUUUAAUUGAUAUAUCAGUUUCUGGAUUGCUAUUUUGACUCCAGUGACGUUGAGAUGUUCCUCUAUCCACGUAAACCUAGUCUGUCCGCUAUGGCUUUAAUGAAGUAGGCAUACCGUUGUAGUAAUUAGCCAACACUGUAAGCUUCACUUUGCUUUGUGUAUCAUGAUGAAUUUGAAUUAUUAUUUGUUUACAAAAUGUUAUUUUUUUUCAUUGUUGUUUUCUUAAGGAUUAGAUGAAUGUACAUAUAUAUUAGAAUGUAAUAAUGUGUAAAAUGAUAAUUGAGAAUCUUGCUUGUAUUUAUAAAAUCGUACUCAUGCCGCAACCAGACGUUUUUAUUCCAUGAGAAGACAAUGGUAUGUGACAGGACAGUGUGACUGAAGUUUGAGGAUGGAAACGGUUUUAUGAAUAUAGUUGGUUCUAUGUUAUGUUGAUGAUUUCUUUAUCUGUGAUAAAUUCAUAUCUUUCUGUAAAAUUCAUGUCCCUCACAUUGGACUCCAAUCUAUUCUGAUUUAUAUAAAGAGCAUUACAGUUAUUUCUAAUGGAUUAUGAAUGACUGUACAGAAAAGUGCCAAUCUGAUGAGCAAGUAAUUUUGUACUGAAUAAAAUAGCAUUUCAACUGAAUCAAUCCUCCAAGACAUUACCCCAGAUGUUUACAAUCAUUUUCAGCCUGAUGUUUUUAAUUUUUGGUACACUGUAUAAAUCAUCAUCCUUUCUAGAUCUCCCUUUGUAUAUGAACAAAGAAUGUUAUAAAAUGAAAUGUUAUAUAUUACCAUUGUAGGUAACAGAUCUUUAUAUUCUAAAUAGAGUUUGUAGAAACACAAGCAUGAUAUAAACAAAAGUUUCCUGGCUCUCUGAGGUAAGAAACUAAGGUCUAGUCUCCAUUCUCCAUAGGGAACUGCUAUCCAAUGAUAUGUAAGCAGUUAUCUCCCUUAUGGUUUCAAAAUGAACUUUUGCCUUUUUUAAAUGUUGUUUUGUAACUUUUUUUUUUACUUGGAUAUAUACCUAGAUGUUAUUCAAACUUUAGAAUACAUCAGAUUUAUUAGCAGAACUUCCUGAAGUUAAGACAUACUGUGUGUUUUGAAACACGAACAGUGAUAUGAUAGGUUGUAAAUAUAUGUUUUUUGAGUAUUUUCCAGGUCAUAUUUAAGGAUUUUUUAGGCCUGAUCCCAUUUAGUCUAGUCUUGUACUAUCACGUCAGAAAGUUUAUGUUGGAAACCUUUUUUUAAAAAUUUUUUUUAAUGUCAAAAUUAAGGGGCUUAUACUCCAAUAUCUGUCAAAAACAUUAUAUAAGUUUAGAUAAGUCUGUAAUGAAGGUAAUAUUGAGGCACAUGUUGUAUGACAAAUUAGUGCACCCAUGGACUGCCUGUAUCGGCUUUACCAUCUCUUAGCAAGGAUUAUCAGUGUCUUCAUUGCUCAAAUACACUGAACAUUGAUUUGAUAGAUUCUAUAGGAGUAUUGUGUUUCUUUGCAGCUUUUUAGUUACAAAUAUUGCUAUUAUUGUAAAGUUUAUGUUAUAAAGAUGAUGACAUGUUUCGAUGAAAACCAGUUGAAAGCAGUUUGAUAUGCUAAAAUGAAUCCAUGAAUAUGUAUAACUGAAUGUCUGUUUUUGCACAUAUGUGUACUUAUAAAACAAAUUAAUUAUGUUGUUGAUUAAUUAUAUAUAACAUGAUGAAU